AUGGAAAUUAGUGAUGAGUUCCAAAUCUCAUUUGGAUCAGUUCAAACCAUAUUGACGACUGAUUUAGACAUGAGAAGAGUUGCAGCCAAAUUUGUUCUAAAACUGCUCUCAAAUGAGCAAAAAGAAAACCGAAAACAGAUCGCCACUGAUUUGCUAGAGUGUUCCGAAUUCCGAUAAUUUUUUUUUUUAAAUCAAUUAUAACUGGUGACGAGACUUGGAUAUAUGGCUACGAUCUUCGCAGUGGAAGACACCUAAUUCACCACGACCCAAAAAAGCUCGUCAAGUUCGGAGUCAAGUGAAGGUUAUGUUGACUGUUUUUUUCGACUACCAAGGUGUUGUUCAUCACGAGUAUACUCCAAAAGGACAGACCAUAACACAGGAGUACUACAUUGAUGUUCUUCGCCAUUUACGAGACGCUGUACGAAGAAAAAGACCCGAGUUUAAAGAGUCUGGUAGUUGGAAAUUGCAUCACGAUAAUGCACCAGCCCAUUCAGCCCAUGUUGUGCAGUAG